AUGGCACCGAAGCAUCUGGAGUACGAGUCUUUGGACCUUUCCACUAAUACUAUAACGAAUGACGAGGAUGCCUUGGAACAAUUGGUAGCUUCUACCGGUAGCAACAGCACGACCAAGCAUUUGGUAUUGGUAGGAGGAGGCCAUGCCCACGUCCAAGUAAUCAAGGCAUUGGCCGGACGUCCUUCGCAUCUGCGCGUGACGUUGAUUGAUCAGCAGGAAGCGGCGAGUUACAGUGGCAUGGUCCCUGGCGCCAUUGCCAAAUUGUAUUCGCCUCCAGCAACAUUACUGCAUUUGGCGCCUCUCGCAGAAUGGGCCAAUAUCACGUUUGUGCAGGCGCAAGUGGUGGAUGUGGAUCUACAGAACAAACUGAUUUAUUAUACUACUACUACUAGUAGUACCAAUGACGACAAUGACGAGUCUACUAGUACUACUGCUACGACAGAUAGCAUCUCGUUUGAUGCACUGAGUCUCGACAUUGGAUCCGCCACAAGAGAUUUACACGUCAUUCCAGGAGCUCUGGCGUAUACCAUUCCCACGAGACCCAUUGCCGCCUUGAUCCAGCGCAUUCAACAGGCGGAACAAGAAAUACUGCUGCAGAACACUGAUAGCAAGAUGCGUAUCAUCAAAGUCGUGGUGGUGGGAGCGGGAGUGGCUGGAUUGGAACUGGCCUUGAGUAUUCGAGGCCGAUGGAGCGAAUUGGUCGACGACUUGUCGGUGACUGUGUUGGACGCCGUCAGUGGUCAGUCCGAUAUUUUACCCUCGGAAACACCCUCGUGUCGUCGCAAAUUGCUCGAAAUACUAGAAUCCAAAGAUAUCCAACUACGGCGCUACGAUUGUGGCAUUGAAUCCAUUGCACAACACCACAUUACACUCAACAAUAACUCGGACAGUAUUGAAUUUGACUAUUGCAUUUGGGCCACGGGGGCGGAACCUCAUACGUUGGCAACGACACUCCAAACGAAACGAGGAUUGCAAUUGGACUCUCACGGAUGGAUUCAAGUCAAUCGACAGUUGCAAAGUGUCUCGCAUCCCUGUGUCUUUGCCGCCGGAGAUUGUGCAUCGCAUCCCGCUCAUCCUCCCAAAGCCGGUGUCUAUGCCGUCCGGAGUGGUCCCAUUCUCAUUCAAAAUUUGACUCAUUAUCUACUUCACCCCAAUAACAACAAACAACUCGUGGACUUUGUACCACAACCGGAUUUUCUCAAACUCAUGGCAUGCGGGGAUGGUACGGCACUGGGAUUUCGAUUUGGGAUUCCACUGCAUGGCACAUGGGUAUGGAAUAUGAAGGAUGAAAUCGACAAGUCGUUUAUGGAUUUGUUUCGGGUCGACAAUCUUCCACCUGCGUCAUCGUUGCAACUCGAUAUUAGUCAAUACGAUGCCGCAUAUGCGUGUCGGGAACAUGCCAAUCGGGUCGAUCCCAAAUUGGCGGCACAACUGCUGUGGCGGGAUGAUGUCGACUACAAAGUCAAUUGGAAAAUAUUACGGGACAUGGUCUGCAUGUCCACGUAUCGAGAACAAGUCUUGCGACACUGGCAUGACACGGAACAAAGGCUGUUGGAGUUGAUCACUCCCAAAUAG